AUGAGCAAAAGAAAGACUUCCACCAUCUUGGAUUUUUUUCAGAAAAAUAACACCGGUCGCAACAUUUGGGGGAAUGAGGCUGCAGCAAUUGAGGCAUCCCAACAACAGGGUAAAGCAAAGACUUCCAGUUUUCAAAUUGAAGAAAUUUCUCCCGAAGCUUUAGAACGAUUUAAUGAUCCUUCGCUAAAACUGGAAAAUGUGGAACCUCCUCAAUGGUCGCCUCAAAGUGAAGCUGGUUUUCUGGAACCUUUAAAGUCCUCUAGUUACGAAAAUGAAAAGGUCAGUAUGCCAGAGGUAAUGCUUUGCCCUGUUUGCGAAAUUAAUUUUUCGGCUCUUUCUGUUGAACCCAAUGAGCAUGUGAAUGCCUGUCUCGAUGGCCGAACGCCCGAAACUUUUGCUAAAAAUGCUAAAACGAAACUAUCUUUAUCCUCCGCGAACACACAAGAACCGGAUACAAUCGUUGUUGAUCCUAGAAACACGCCUUCCUUGGAGGCUGGUAAACUCGCGAAAAAAUCCAGCCUUGUUCCUUUUUAUAAGCUCAUGCCAUAUAGUAUGCCGUUCGCCGUUGAUGCUUUCAGCUAUGGAGCUAUUGACGGUGUUGAAGCUUACUUUUUAUCUCACUUUCACUCUGAUCAUUAUGGUGGAUUGUCCUCGAAAUGGGAACAUGGACCUAUAUAUUGCUCCGAAGUUACCGGAAACUUACUUAUCAAUGUCCUUCACGUGGACGAGAAGUAUAUUCACAAGCUUUCGUUAAACGAGCCCCACAACGUCCUUGGUGUUACUGUUUACCUAAUUGACGCAAAUCAUUGUCCGGGUUCGACAAUGUUUUUGUUUGAAACUCUUCAUGAGAAUAAGACAAAGAGAGUCCUUCAUUGUGGUGAUUUUCGAGCUUCUCGGUCACACGUUACCCACCCGGCUUUGCAAGAUAAAACCAUUCAUAAAUUGUAUUUGGAUACUACUUACCUAAACCCGAAGUUUACCUUUCCUUCACAGAAAGACGUAGUUGAUGCAUGUGCUCGCAAAGCACUAGAUGUAAAGAAUGCUGCCAACUCGAGAUUGCUAGUUGUUGUUAGCACAUAUAGUAUUGGCAAGGAAAAGGUUGCCAUAGCCAUAGCGAAAGCACUUUCCUCCAAAAUUUUUGUCGUACCUAGAAAACGACUUAUUAUUCAACAGCUUGGUAACCAAGAAUUGCUGGAUUUGUUAACAGAUGACCCUAGCCAGGCAUCAGUUCAUAUGGUAACUAUGGGUGGUAUACAACCCAGCUCUCUUUUGGAAUAUCUCGAGCAACAUAAUUCAUUUGAGCGAGUAAUUGGAUACCGGGUCACUGGAUGGACGUUUCAACCCCUCGAAAAACGAGCUGAUCUCAGCAGUAACCUUGACUCUAUUAUUUCUCGGCCACCACAGUUUGUGUCUCAUGACUUGCGUGCAAUGAGAGGAGCAAGUGACAAAGUUGCUGCAUUUGUAGCUCCCUACAGUGAACAUUCUAGUUUUUAUGACUUGACUAUGUUUUGUCUCAGUAUGAAUAUCCUCUCCACGAUUCCUACGGUCAAUAUGGGUAGCGAGCGAUCUCGAGAAAAAAUGCAAAUUUGGCUAGACCGGUGGGCAUGGCGCCGCAAGAAACAAGGCUUGCUUUCUUUGGACGAUAUUAAAUGGGUUACACAUUAG